CAGAGACAAGGCACUGUUACUACUAGACACACUCCCACGCAGCACACCAUCCACAAGGUAUCUCUGGCCUGUCCACUGAACUGACAACCUGAACACUCUACGACUCCUUUUGAACGAUCGCUGAAAAAGACUGAAACAGAGAGGUUCCAAAAGGAAAAAAUAUGUUUCGUUGGUGGACUGUUUGACUGUGCAUUUGGUUUCAGGUUAAAUCGCAUCGAAUUACAUCGAAGAGAAGAGAAGUCGCCUCGUCAAUUUUUUUCAAGCUUUUUCUUCACUGUUCCUUAGGAGGCUCUUACACCCAGUGUUGCUUGUUAUAUAGUUUUAUUUUUGGACUAUCCUCCCCUCUGCGCUUCAGGAGUCUGUUCCAGUCUGCUUCUCAGGUGGUUGUGUUUUUCAGGGUCCAUCUCCUGCCACCCUCCAUGAUGCUGACUGAGCCGUAUGGGAUGAUGGGGUCCAUGGGUUCCGACGUGCGAGACCUGAGCUCCCUCUUACCCCCGGUGCCCUCCGUACCCUCCCUACCAGUGAGCAGCGGGGGUUGUGGCCUGCCCGUUGGGGGUGCCCCUCAGUGGGCACCUUACCUGGACCUCCACCCUGGCUCUCCCUACGGCUCCCUGCCCUCCCAUCACUCCCUCAUCAAGCAGGAGCCUGGCUGGGGCUCCACGGACCCUCUGGAGGACCCUCACUGUGGCCUGGGGGCCUUCACGUUGCACUUCUCUGGCCAGUUCACUGGGACAGGCCCCUGUCGGGUUGGGGCCUUCGGGGAGCCAGCUCCAAGCCAGUCCAGGGUGUUUCCUAAUGGAGCCUACCUCCCAGGCUGUGUGGACAGCCCACCGACCCACAGGAACCAGGGUAAGGCUGCUCUCUGCUCCCCUCUCUCCUCCUCCAUAGCCACCUUAUUGACCCUCUCUGGGCUCACUCUAUCCUCUCUAACCCCUCUUGAAUUCGGCUCAAACUAAGCUGUCUACUCCUCACCGCUCAAGGCCAAAGAUCUCUACAUCUGCAUUGCUUGCUGUUCUGGGUUUUAGGCUGGGUUUAUUUAUAAGCACUUUAUGAGAAUUGCUGAUGUAAAAAGGGCUUUAUAAAUACAUUUGAUUGAUUGAUUGAUUGUUAGGCCAUCAGCGUUGCACCUACACUUUCUGAUGUCAGUGAUGGUAUGUGUCUGUGUAUUUCUCAUGUGACCGUGCAGUACUUCCUGGGUCGUUGUGUGUGUGUGUUGGAGUGUGUCUAUUUGUAUUGGGUGUAAUUGUCCAGUGUUGAUGUUUGGGGCUUGUUCAUAGUGUUGUGUCUGAACAGGAUGUUUUGUUCUACACAGGGUCAUUCUGCCCUAUACAGGGAAGAGAGCUGUCAGCUUUCCCACCGCUGGCCCGACUCACAGAGCUAAUGCAACAAUAUGGCCUGUAUUCAACAUGCUUAGUUUCACUUUUAUUCUCAAAGAACGGGGUGCUUCAAAAUAAUGAAACAUAAUAAUACAAAAAGCAGUAUUUAAAAAAAGACCACAUUUAAAUACUGCUAUACAUGUAUUGUUGAUAGUAAUAUCCUAGUUAAAGGGGCAAUUAGCGGUUGAAACAAUAACAAAGUGUUUUCCCCACCCCUGUUUCGGUAAAAAGCUGAGGGAUUGGGCUGGAGAAAUGUAACCACUCUCAAAUUCAUAGACAGAGCUAUGGAUGCAAGAACUGCCCAUCCAUGGUAUUAAAACUAUAGUUUAACGAUGUUUUGAGGCUAUAUACUGUAGUGUUUAUUUACAUGUACUUUGUUUACAAACAUUGUAGCAAAACAAGCUUAUAUGUUGGGUUCUGGUGCGGUACGACAGUUGAACUAAGCUCAUUAGGUAUUAAUAAGUUAUAUUAUUUAAGAAUCAAUGGGUACAUAUCAGUAAUUUAAAAAUACCAAAAUGGAUGUAGAAACUGCAGAUUUCCCCUUUAUUUUUCCCCCAGUUUUAUUUUAGGUUGAAAUAAUCUUGAAAUCUAAAUCUAAAUAAUGCAAAAAACAUUGCAAAACCUUUUAUCAACUGUUUGUAUAACUUACGAAUUAAUAUUAUUUUGGUGCUGUAAUUAUCAACAGUAUUUUUUUAAACCGUCUUAUUUUUUAUUCAACUAAUUUCAAACCAUCAGCUAUUUAAGUUAAUUUGAUCAUUUCUCAUCAUACUGAAUUUACAUUUGUGUUUGUAAAAAAUCAUUAUAAUUUUUUUUAAAUAAUGUAAACGGGGACAUUGUUACAUCAUAUUAAUCCAUGACAUAAUGAACUGAAUCUGUUUUUACCUAGCUAUCACAAAAUAAUGUUGUCAACGACAGACACAUAUUCUACCUCAUAGAUGUGGUGGCUGGUACAAAAAUAUUAUAUCUAUGAUAAUAAGCAUGAUAAAGUUGUUGGUCCACAAAAUCUAUUUAUAAUAUAAAAUGUUGUCUAGGCACGGAGCAACGUGUAGUGCCAGGACACAGCCCUUAGCCAUGGUAUUUUGGCCAUAUAUCACAAACCCCUGAGGUGCCUUAUUGCUAUUAUAAACUGGUUACCAAUGUAAUUAGAGCAGUAAAAAUAAACGUUUUGUCAUACCCAUGGUAUACGCUCUGAUAUACCACGUCUUUCAGCCAAUCAGCAUUCAGGGCUCGAACCACCCAGUUUAUAAUACAAUUUCAUGUUCACUUUUCCAUAAUUAAAUGUUCAACUCCAAUUCAAAUUCAUAAUGUACCGAACCAGUAGCUGAGAUGAUGGAGUAAAUACAAUAUUGAUGUGCAUUUGAAAGAUAGGCCUACCAUGCACACUAAUCUCAAAUUAGGAUUCAGUCCAUUAUGUCAGGAAUUAAUAUGAUGCAACAUUUUCCCAGUUUAGCUACAUUAUUAGUGUUUUCCCCUCAUUCAAAACAACGUAAUCAUCUUUUUUUACAAACAAAAAUGCUAAUGCAGUAUAAUGACAAAUGAUCAAAUACAAAUAUUUAUAUCAUAAUGUUAAACUGAUUUAAAUGAAUUUGUUUGGAAGACAACAUUUUCCCGUAUAAUUUGUCUAGUUGUACAGUUUCUUACUGUGUCUAUUUACAGUCAUGUUACUGUUUAUUCGGUCCCACCUUAAACAAAGUACACAUUAUAAAGGCUUUAUAUACCAUACAUAAAGGCUUCAUAAGCAGUACAUAAAGGCUUCAUAAGCACUACGUAAAUGCUUCACAAAUAAUGUAUAAGCGUAUGUCAUACUCUAUAGAAGGUGUAUAAAGGGUGACAAAACCAUUGUAGGUUGAAUUGCCAAAUGUGACAUAACGCACUAUGCAUGUUCAUACACCAUUUACAGAGUAUGAGAUAAUUUUAUAGAUGAUUUGUGAAGCGUUUAUGUAGUGCUUAUGAAGCCUUUAUGUGUGCUAUAUAAAGCCUUUAUAAGUUGUUUAAAGUCGGAGCGUUUAUUCUUCAGAGGUGUGAGGAUGUUGACUAGUAAAGGUAGCAGUAUAGGAGCCAUGCAGGGCGUGGGAAAAGGACAUUACCUUGGACCGUCACUGUCUGUGCCAUGGAAAUUGAUAACACACGUACGCACAGCACGCACUAAUGCACGCAGCACUCAUUCAUGCACGCACACACACACACACACACACACACAUGCACGCGCACAUACACACGUGAAAACACACACGCCUGAUUCUUAGGAUUUCUGGAAUGUUGUAGCAUUUGAUGUUAUGUGUUCUGUGUGUGAUAAUGUUUGGGUGUUUCCCUCAAAAACACAUCAAAUUCAAACACAUUUUUUUACAGACUAACACUUUGCCUUACUUUACUAUCAAGACCUUGAGAGCACUUUUCCGCCCAAUGGAGAAACAUGGCCUGAGCCCAAAUUGCAAUGCUCCGCUCCAAAACAGGCUUUUCUAAAUCAUAAUGACAUAUCGGGUCAAGAUGUUUCUUCCAAGAUUUACACAAAGCCUAAAAAAAUAUCUAGGGACUGUAUUGCUCUCCAAUUUCAGAAUUUCCCAUAUUAUUCAUUAUUUUCAUUUAAAAACAAAUGUUGAAAUGACACAAGCGCUGACUAACGGGUUUCUUUAUUAGUCCCAAUAGUAUUUUGGGUCUUGUUCCCCCAAGAUCUGACCCCAGAAGAUAAGAGGGGAAUGUUUAACAGAUAUUUAUCUGAAUUUAUAUUUAAUUUCUUUGUUUCCUGUGUGCUAUUAUUGAGACUUUAUCAAAUUUGACAACAGCAAUAAACAUUAUUAUUUGUCAACAAAGAAAGUCUAUUUUCAGUAUUGUUUCAUACUUCCAUUAGUCAUAUAGGGUUUAGCCUGUGUGAUUGGUCAUGUGAGUCUGAUAUAGCGUUUAGCCUGUGUUAUUGUCUCUCGAGUGGCGCAGUGGUCUAAGGCUCUGCAUCGCAGUGCUAGCUGUGCCACUAGAGAUCCUGGUUUGAAUCCAGGCUCUGUCGUAGCCGGCCGCGACCGGGAGACCCAUGGGGCGGCGCACAAUUGGCCCAGCGUCGUCCAGGGUAAGGGAGGGAAUGGCCGGCAGGGAUUUAGCUCAGUUGGUAGAGCAUGGCAUUUGCAACGCCAGGGUUGUGGGUUCGAUUCCAGUAUGAAAAAAUAAAAAAAAUAAACAUGUAUGCACUCACUAACUGUAAGUCGCUCUGGAUAAGAGCGUCUACUAAAAUGUAAAUGUUAUUGGUAAUGUGAGUCUGAUAUAGCGUUUAGCCUGUGUUAUUGGUCAUGUGAGUCUGAUAUAGCGUUUAGCUUGUGUUAUUGGUCAUGUGAGUCUGAUAUAGCGUUUAGCCCAUGUGAGUGAUAAUGUGAGUCUGAUAUAGCGUUUAGCUUGUGUUAUUGGUAAUGUGAGUCUCAGACCCACUGAACACUGAGAGUUUGUUUAUUCUGUGGAAAGUAGUUUUUGAUGAAGUGGUUUGAGGGUCAGUGCAGGACUUUAAUGGCUCCAGUGAUUUAGAGACGUGUAGAUGAGUCAGUCUCCUCAGGAACUGUCCAACACUCCCCUUGACUCUUGUCCUGCUAAUGUCAUGUUUGGGUGAGAGUGUGUGUGUGGGUGUGUGUGGGUGUGUGUGGGUGUGUGUGUGUGUGUGCGUGUGUGUGUGUGCGAGUGUGUGUGUGAGUGUGUGUGUGUGCGUGUGUGUGUGAGUGUGUGUGUGCAUGCGUUUGUGUGUAUGAGCAAGUGCAGACACACAUACCACUUUGUCCUUAGAUUUACUGAUCUUCAUAUUCUCUGGAUGCCAACUUUCCUCUUCAGCUUUACUGAAACCGUGAAUUAAUACCUUCCAGUGAGGCAGAAUUCAGUAGUGUGAUAAACUUACUACUGUGAUGUUGCCAGGGACUUAGAGCCGCUGCUAUGGGGAUUCAGAUAUCCGUCCGGCUCCUGGAGACUCACAGUUUCCUCCAAAAUGCUGCCAUAAUGAUGAAACUGAGAAACUAUUGUCUUUAUAAUCUGUCUUUUCUCUGUAGGUUAUGGGACAGUAGGUCUGGACGGGGCUCCCAGCUAUGGUCACACUCCGUCUCACCACUCCCCUCAGUUCUCCAACCAUUCCUUCAAACACGAGGACACCCUGUCCCCUCCGACUACCAUGGGUAACUAUCACUGUCCUUAACACUUCCUGUCCACCUGUGUGUAUGAUAGCGUGUGUGUGUUUUAGUAUUUGUGAACGUGCAGCAGGUGAAAGUUAACCUCACAAACAAUGAGGACUCUGAGGUCUCUGCAGGGUUAGUAAGGAAGUCACCCAGAGGUUGCAGGGCUAUAAAUUACUAUCAUCCAUUCUCUCUCCCUAUCUCCCCUCAAUCUCUCUCUCUGUUUUUAACACUACCUCUCGCAAUGCUCUUAUUCAAAGCUGCGUAUGUUUUCUGUUCAUUUUGGUCAAAUGAAUAUACUGGCUCUGGAAAUGAUAACUUAAGGAAACAGCUUUAUGAGAGACUUUUUUGGAAUGUUGACCACCAUCAGGGGACCAAUCCACAACUGAACCAGAGAAGGAACUAUGUAGAUCCUUUAAAAGGAGAUUGAUUGUUUUACCACCUCUGGGAGGACUGGUGUUUUGAUAAUUGUUUAGAGCAGGGGUGUCAAACGUACGGCCCGCGGGCCGGAUCAGGCCCGCAAACGGGUAUAAUCCGGCCCGCAAGAUGAUAAAAAAAGAAAGAAAAAAAAGAAGAAAAAAGGUAAAGUAUAAAAAUGCGCUGCAAUUUUUCAAUAAAAUAAACUGCUGUUCCAAUUGCGUCCACUGGAUGGCGCAAUAGCAAUUGUGUUAAGCAAGCAAACUGUUUAUACCGGGGCAGAGCAAGUAGGUCAAGCACGUGCAGCCAAUGAGCUACUUUGUUUUGCCCGCGAUAUUUAUUACGGCUUCUACUUUUAACAUUAUGUGCUUUGGCACCCUCAUUGCCCCAAUAUGUCUCUGUCAAAAAAGAGAAAAGUGGACGCAGAGUGCAGAGUGUUCCAAGAAAAAUGGUCAUCCUAUUUAAUCACGGAAUUGAAUGGGAAAGCUGUAUGUUUGGUGUGUUCAGAGCAUGUUGCAGUGCUGAAAGAAUAUAACCUUCGUCGCCACUGUGUGAGUCUUCAUGCCAACAAAUAUGACAACUUUCAAGGACAGCGAGAUGAGAGAAGGUGAAUGAACUGUUGGCGGGUCUGAAGAAACAGCAGUCUGUGUUUACUCACAGCCGAGACAUCAGUGACGCUGCAGUGAAAGCUAGCUACCUCAUUGCUAAUGAAAUCGCAGUGGCUUCAAAACCAUUUAGUGAGGGUGAAUUUGUAAAAACAUGCAUGAUGAAGGCAGCGGAGAUUGUGUGCCCUGAAAAGCGGCAGGCUUUUGCAAAUAUCAGCCUGACAAGAAACACAGUUGCAGACAGGAUUUCCGAUCUUUCAGUGGAUUUGGACAGCCAGUUGAAGCAAAAAGUAAAGUCAUUUAUUGCGUUUUCGGUUGCAAUUGAUGAAAGCACGGACAUUACAGAUGUUGCACAACUGGCCAUUUUUUCAUCCGCGGAGUUGAUGACACAUUGACCGUCACCGAGGAGUUCGUGGAGUUGGUGCCGAUGACAGAUACAACGACAGCAGCUGAUAUUUUUACCGCACUCAUCAGCACGCUGGACAGGGUCGGAGUGGACUGGUCCCGCGCUGUCAGCCUGGCUACAGAUGGUGCGCCCUCAAUGAUCGGGAAAAAAGCAGGCGUUGUGACAAAGUUCAGAGAGAAAGUGCAAUCUGCAAAUGGAGGACGUGAUUUUUUUUACUUUUCACUGUAUUUUGCACCAGGAGGCUUUGUGUUGCAAGUCAUUAAAGAUGGAUAACGUCAUGAAGGUGGUCAUCCAAACUGUUAAUUUCAUCCGAAAUCACCGUCAGUUUGACAGCCUUCUCAGAGAGAAAGACCACAUCUAUGGCCUGCCAUACCACACUGAGGUAAGAUGGUUAAGCCGAGGUGCUGUGCUGAGGCGUUUCUUUGAUUUACGAGAAGAAAUUGAACAGUUCAUGGAAGAAAAGGGCAAACCAGUGUUAGAAUUUCAUUCCGCAGAAUGGAUGCCGGACCUUGCAUUUAUGGUGGAUGUUACAGAGCACCUGAAUAACUUGAACAAACAGCUGCAAGGGCGCAACAAAGUUGUCCAUACAGCUGAUGUGCUAUUGUUUUUAAUUGAUUUUAUUUUAUUUGUAUAUUUAACCUAUUCUUGACUCUGUGGUUCUUGCACUUGUUUGGGGAACAGGAUUUCAUUAUUUUUAUCUACAUUUCUGCCUGAGAAAUGACACCCUGAUAUAGUUCUGUGAUCUGUGAUAUACUUCUGUGAAUCACUGAGGCAUUGUGUGUUUGUGUGUUCUUUGUCCUCAGAACUUUCAAAUAACUUGAGGUGUUUUAUGAUUAAUAGUGAUGUUGUGCUUGUACUAUUUUGGACACACUGUCCUCAGGCUCCAGCUUUAUGUUGUAUGUUGAUCGUAUUAAAACAAAGAAAACAAUCUGAAGUUGUUGUUUUUAAGUUAUAUAUACCAUGAUUUUUCCGGUCCGGCCCACUUGGGAAUAGAUUUUCCUCCAUGUGGCCCCUGAGCUAAAAUGAGUUUGACACCCCUGGUUUAGAGGAAAUGUGUUUUUAUGGGUGUUUGUGUGGGUGUGCGUAUGUUUGCAUGUACUGUAUGUCUGUUUGUGUGUGUGUGUGUGUGUGUGUGUGUGUUUGUAUGUCUGUGUGUUUGGGGGGUGAGAGAGAGCGUUUCUCUAUAACUGCUGGGGAUAUGGCAGCAUACAUAGUCAGCUGGUAAAACUGUUGACAGACCAAUCUGGUGUUAUGUUGAGCAUGUGGUUUCAUAGCGCUGUAACUACUGUCCAACAGGUCUUUAUGCUAAUUCAUUGGUUUGUUUGUCUGAUUUCUUUACUGUAUGCUAUGCAGGUGACCAGCAGUACCUUGCCCCUCCCACUAUGUUUGGUUGCCACCCCCCCCCAGAGAACUGUCCAACCAGCCAGGCUCUACUGCUGAGGAACUAUAACAGGUACCUCCUCAUCACCUUGGGUCUUUAUAGCUUGAGAUCCAUAUGCCUGACUCCCAUAUCAUUACAUUGGACUGUACAUGUUUGUGCUACCUUUGCUGGGAUGCUAUGGUUCAUUUUGUCUACAUAGUUAUUUUGGAUCAGACUCAAGUGAUGAUCAGAGAUAGAUACUUGUAUUUAUUGUCCUGUAUUUAUAUUUAAACCAGGAAGUCCCAUAGAGAUAAAAAAUAUAUAUAUUUCCAAUGGCCUUUGAUGAGCUCCUCAAAUGUCAGUCUGUCUUUGAGAGGGAGGAGGAAGCUAAGACCGACGGAAGGAAGUGAGAUCACCAGGGUAGGAGGGAAGUGAGAUCACCAGGGUAGGAAGGAGGUGUACGUGUGAGACUGUACACAGAGCUGAGCUAUAUCAGCUAUAUAUAUAUACAGUUGUAAAAUAUAAGGAAUGUGAGAGGAAAGACAACAUGUGAAAUGGGGGAGUGUAGGGGAGGAGAGGAGAGGGAGAGGGAGAAGAGGAGGGAGGUGGAGAGAGGUGAGGUGGUGAGGUGGUGGAUGGAAGGAGAGGAGAGGGAGAGGAGGAGAGAGGAGGAGAGAGGAGGAGAGAGGUGAGGUGGUGAGGUGGUGGAUGGAAGGAGAGGAGAGGGAGAGGAGGAGAGAGGAGGAGAGAGGAGGAGAGAGGUGAGGUGGUGAGGUGGUGGAUGAAAGGAGAGGAGAGGGAGAGGAGAGGAGAGGAGGAGAGAGGAGGAGAGAGGUGAGGUGGUGGAUGGAAGGCGAGGAGAGGGAGAGGAGGAGAGAGGAGGAGAGAGGUGAGGUGGUGGAUGGAUGGAAUGCGAGGAGAGGGGGAGGAGGAGAGAGGAGGAGAGAGGAGGAGAGAGGUGAGGUGGUGGAUGGAAGGCGAGGAGAGGGGAAGGAGGAGAGAAGAGGAGAGAGAGGAGGAGAGAGGUGAGGUGGUGAGGUGGUGGAUGGAAGGUGAGGAGAGGGGGAGGAGGAGAGAGGAGGAGAGGGGGAGGAGGAGAGAGGAGGAGAGAGGUGAGGUGGUGGAUGGAAGGCGAGGAGAGGGAGAGGAGAUGGAGAGGAGAGAGGAGGAGAGAGGUGAGGUGGUGGAUGAAAGGAGAGAAGAGGGGCUAGAGAACAGGAACAAGAGGCCGAGUUGAGAGGAAAGGAGAGGCUGCGAGGACUCACGUCAGUCCAUUGGUUUUUCUGUAACAUGGGGGGAUUUCAUUUAACCCAAAACAUCUAGCAGGCAAACUGAGCCAGGAUUCUUCAAACGCUGACCUCAGUUUGCUUUUGGAGAGGGGGAACAGAAGGAACCAAAACGACAGGAACAGGAUCUGAUAAGACAGGAUGAGAAGAUUCCCCCUCUCCCUUUAUAGCCAGGACUUCCAUCUCCCAUCCCAGAGCUGGGAACCAUCAGAUCAAAACCCAACACACCCACACACACCCAAUGAUACUGUGAGGACAGAGUGAUGUCAUGCACUGGUCCACCAUGUACUAGGCACGGGCACACUCACCCUUGCUGCCUGUGUGUGUGUGUCACGUCUGUGUGUGUGUGUGUGUGUGUGUGUGUAUGAAUGUGUGUGUGUGUGUGUAUGAAUGUGUGUGUGUGUGUAUGACUGUGUGUGUGUGUGUUGUAGCCAGUGUAAUCAUCUGCCAAUGUGACUAAUGGCUUCACAGCCCAGUGUUUUUAAUGAGCUCUUUGAGGAGUGGACUGGAUGUGUUCAUAAAGGAAAUAUGUGGGGUAUCUUCAUUUUCCUUAUCCAAAAACAAGGGAAUGAGGGAGGGAGGGAGGGAGGGAGGGGGCUUUCUGACCGCAAAAGCAAAUUGUCCAGCCAUUAUGCACCCCCUCUGUCUCUUCUCUGUUCAACUGAUUUCAGUCAAUCAAUCAAAUUAUAUCAGUAUAACUUUUGUUAAUGUCUCGUGGACAGACUAUGUAAACCAAAUUAUGCAAGAUUUGAGUUCUGGGUUAACCAAGAUUAAGCUUUUGUUAGCUUUAAUGGUAUGUACAGUAAAUGAUGUGGAGCUGUAAUCUUUCUGUCUGUGUGUGUUUUCCUCAGUGAUAACCUGUACCAAAUGGCCUCUCAGCUGGAGUGUGUAGCAUGGAACCCUGCAAACACACUGUCCACCAUCAAAAGGUACCAAGCUGAAUCAACUAUGCAUUCCUAUUUGCAUGGUCCAUCAAUGUGUGUUGUGUGUGUUGUGUGUAUGUGUGUGUUUAGCUUCCUGUAGUAUAUUUCUUUAGCGUAGCCUUGACCAUAGUCAGGGAGGUAAUGGAGGAGGAGGAAGAGGAGGAUGGGAGGAGGGAUGUGGGAGGUGGUAGGAGGGAGGUGGAGGUGGAGGUGGAGGUGGAGGGAGGAGGGAGGAGGGAGGAGGGAGGAGGGUGUGGGAGGGUAGAUUUGGUCUGUUGCUCAGGGGGAGAGAAGGAAGGGGAUCAGAGUACUCUCUCUCUCUCUCUCUCUCUCUCUCUCUCUCUCUCUCUCUCUCUCUCUCUCUCUCUCUCUCUCUCUCUCUCUCUCUCUCUCUCUCUCUCUCUCUCUCUCUCUCUCUCUCUCUCUCGUAGAUAGAUGCAUCACAUAUCUGACUGUACUCCCCCACCCUCCCUCUCACUCCAACAGGAAUGACUGGAAGAAGUGUGACAUCACUGACUGUUAGAGUAGCAGGUUGUUAGAUUAGUCUUGUUGUCAUGGUACUCCAUUGUGCUCACCCCGGCCUCAUGUCUGUUCCCCUUACAGUCAUGGGACAGGAUAUGAGAGUGAUCCCACGGCCCCCCCUCCUCCGGUGGUCCUCAGCUGUAGUGCACAGUACCACAUCCACACACACGGCGUCUUCAGAGGACUACAGGUCAGGGUCCGAGACACACCAACGCACACAAACACACACAAACACACACACAGUGUCUUCAGAGGACUACAGGUCAGGGUCCGAGACACACCAACGCACACAAACACACACAAACACACACACAGUGUCUUCAGAGGACUACAGGUCAGGGUCCGAGACACACCAACGCACACAAACACACACAAACACACACACAGUGUCUUCAGAGGACUACAGGUCAGGGUCCGAGACACACCAACGCACACAAACACACACAAAUACACACACAGCGUCUUCAGAGGACUACAGGUCAGGGUCCGAGACACACCAACGCACACAAACACACACAAAUACACACACAGCGUCUUCAGAGGACUACAGGUCAGGGUCCGAGACACACCAACGCACACAAACACACACAAACACACACACAGCGUCUUCAGAGGACUACAGGUCAGGGUCCGAGACACACCAACGCACACAAACACACACAAAUACACACACAGCGUCUUCAGAGGACUACAGGUCAGGGUCCGAGACACACCAACGCACACAAACACACACAAACACACACACAGUGUCUUCAGAGGACUACAGGUCAGGGUCCGAGACACACCAACGCACACAAACACAUACAAACACACACACAGCGUCUUCAGAGGACUACAGGUCAGGGUGUGAGACACACCAACGCACACAAACACACACAAACACACACACAGUGUCUUCAGAGGACUACAGGUCAGGGUCCGAGACACACCAACGCACACAAACACAUACAAACACACACACAGCGUCUUCAGAGGACUACAGGUCAGGGUGUGAGACACACCAACGCACACAAACACACACAAACACACACACAGUGUCUUCAGAGGACUACAGGUCAGGGUCCGAGACACACCAACGCACACAAACACACACAAACACACACACAGUGUCUUCAGAGGACUACAGGUCAGGGUUCGAGACACACCAACGCACACAAACACACACAAACACACACACGGCGUCUUCAGAGGACUACAGGUCAGGGUCCGAGACACACCAACGCACACAAACACACACACACUCUGUGAUCAACUCUCUCUCUCUCUCUCUCUCUCUCUCUCUCACAGGAUGUGCGGCGGGUGCCUGGUAUCACGCCGUCUGUGGUGAGGUCAUCAGAGACCAAUGAGAAGCGUCCGUUUGUAUGUGCCUACCCCGGCUGCAAUAAGAGAUACUUCAAACUUUCCCACCUGCAGAUGCACGGCAGGAAACACACAGGUCAGUACACCCUACAUAGACAAUAUACUGCCCACCCCACAUAGACAAUAUACUGUACACCCUACAUAGACAAUAUACUGUACACCCUACAUAGACAAUAUACUGUACACCCCACAUAGACAAUAUACUGUACACCCCACAUAUACAAUAUACUGUACACCCUACAUAGACAAUAUACUGCCCACCCCACAUAGACAAUAUACUGUACACCCCACAUAGACAAUAUACUGUACACCCCACAUAGACAAUAUACUGUACACAUAGACAACAUACUGUACACCCCACAUAGACAAUAUACUGUACACCCCACAUAGACAAUAUACUGUACACCCCACAUAUACAAUAUACUGUACACCCCACAUAGACAAUAUACUGCCCACCCCACAUAGACAAUAUACUGUACACCCCACAUAGACAAUAUACUGUACACCCCACAUAGACAAUAUACUGUACACCCCACAUAGACAAUAUACUGUACACCCCACAUAUACAAUAUACUGUACACCCCACAUAUACAAUAUACUGUACACAUAGACAACAUACUGUACACCCUACAUAGACAACAUACUGUACACCCCACAUACAGUACUUUGCUUUACAUGCUUCUCACUGGCCUGGAGGUUGUGAUCAUGAUGGUGAUGAUGAUGAUGAUGGUGGUGAUGAUGAUGGUGAUGAUGAUGGUGGUGAUAAUGAUGGUGGUGAUAAUGAUGAUGAUGAUGGUGGUGGUGAUGAUGAUGGUGGUGAUGAUGAUGAUGAUUGUAGGAGAAAAGCCGUAUCAGUGUGACUUCACAGACUGCGGACGGAGAUUCUCCAGAUCAGAUCAACUGAAGAGACACCAACGCAGACACACAGGUCAGAUCUCUCUCUCUCUCUCUCUCUCUCUCUCUCUCUCUCUCUCCUCUCUCUCUCUCUCUCUUCUUCUUCUCUCUUCCUCUCUCUCCUCUUCUCAAAACCUCCUCUCUAUAUCUUCUCUUUUCUCUCUCUUUCUCUCUCUCUUCUCUAUAUCUCUCUCUCUAUCUUCUCCUUUUCUCUAUUCUCUCAAUCCUCUCCCACUUCUUAUGCGUUUCUCUCUCUGUCUCUCUACCCAGAGUUGAAAAAAAUCUUUAUAAACUCUUAACCCAACCUGUCCUCUCCCUCCCUCCCUUCUCCCUCUCCCUCUCUCCCCCUCUCUCCCCCUCUCUCCCCGUCUCUCCCCCUCUCUCUACGUAGGAGUGAAACCAUUCCAGUGCGAGACGUGUCAGAGAAAGUUUUCACGGUCAGACCAUCUUAAGACACACACUCGGACACAUACAGGUAAAACAAGUGCGUAUACCUUUAUUUUCUACUUGUUCCUCUGCUUUUAUACACUGGUAAUAAUCCUGGUCACUACACUGCUUCUAUGAUGUGGACCCCAGGAAGAGUAGCUGCUGUGUUAGCACCAUCUAAUGGUGAUCCUAAUGAAAUACAACACAUUAAAUAACCAGUAGACCUAAUGAUUACCUUAGUAACCAUGCUAACAAGUGUAUACAAUUAUGAAGCUUUUAUUCAUUGUAGAUUUCAAUAACAGAUUAGGUUUAUUGUUAUGGGACUCAACAAACAGCAAAAGGAAUGCAAGCGCACUCGAAGGAGAAAGGAGACAGGCACGAGGGAGACUAGGCAGAGAGAGAAGAAGAGAAGAGAGAGAGAAGAGAGAGAGGAGAGAGAGGAAGGAGAGCGCAGAAGCCGGAGCGAGGGAGCAGAAGAAGCAAGAGAAUAGAAGAUGACGGAAAGCGCGUGAGAGAGUAAGAACUCGAUGUAAACAGUCUCUUAGACUAUAUCUCCUCGCUCCUCUCCUCCGUAGUAUAAUCGAUCCUCGAUCGACGUAGUCUCUCCUCUCCUCUUCUUCCUCCUAUCCUUCUUAUCCUCUCUUCUCCUCCUCUCCUCUCUUCUCCUUCUCUCCUUCUCUUCUCUCCUCUCUUCUUCUCCUCUCAGGUGAGAAGCCCUUUACAUGCCGCUGGUCCAGCUGUCAGAAGAAGUUUGCCAGGUCUGAUGAGUUAGUUCGCCACCACAGCAUGCACCAGAGGAACCUGACCAAACUACAGUCUGCCAUCUGA